GAAACUACGGGGCGGGGCCAGACGGAGCCCGGACGGACCCGGAGGAAGGUCCGAGUGUUUGCGGCCGUGCUGCCCCACCCCUGGUCCCGGCGCGCGUAGAGGGGCCCGGCCGGGCUGCAGCGAGGGUCCCAGGAGGUUGAAAGCUAAGCAUGGGGAAGAGCUGCAAGGUGGUCGUGUGCGGCCAGGCUUCUGUGGGCAAAACUUCAAUCCUGGAGCAGCUUCUGUACGGAAACCACAUAGUGGGUUCUGAGAUGAUUGAGACGCAGGAGGACAUCUACGUGGGCUCCAUUGAGACUGACCGGGGGGUGCGGGAGCAGGUGCGUUUCUACGACACCCGGGGGCUCCGAGAUGGGGCUGAGUUGCCCCGGCACUGCUUCUCCUGCACUGAUGGCUAUGUCCUGGUCUACAGCACGGACAGCCGAGAGUCCUUUCAGCGCGUGGAGCUGCUCAAGAAGGAGAUUGACAAAUCCAAAGACAAGAAGGAGGUCACCAUCGUGGUCCUCGGCAACAAGUGUGACCUGCAGGAGCAGCGGCGUGUAGACCCGGAUGUGGCCCAGCACUGGGCCAAGUCGGAGAAGGUGAAGCUGUGGGAGGUGUCGGUGGCUGACCGCCGCUCACUGCUGGAGCCCUUCGUCUACCUGGCCAGCAAGAUGACCCAGCCCCAGAGCAAGUCUGCCUUCCCCCUCAGCCGCAAGAACAAGGGCAGCGGCUCCUUGGAUGGCUGAAGAGCUGCCUUGCCAGCCUUGGAAGAUGGGUUGAGGGGAAAGGGAGGGGGGGUUGUAGGCAAGCUGUCCUUCCCAGUCAAGGGGGGAGCUCCCCACUAGGCCAGGCAGCUGGUCUGUCCCAGGCUCAGGUCACUUUUG